UUUCUGAUUUCAUGUGGAUGUGAGGAAAGACAUGAAAACAAAGAGCAUACUGACGUACUGUACAUCGGACGUGAAUGGAAACCGGGAUAGGAAUAUAUUAUUUUAUGAAACUUUAAAUUGUUGACAAAUGUUUGAACGUGCUAAGAAAACUUUUAUAUAGACAGGCCUUGAAAGUGCAAGAUGGCGACAAUCAGCUGUUUGAAAGGAAGACAGCCAAUAGAAAGAUCUCUGUUGUAUUCUCGAUUGAUAAGUUCUUUUUUAAAUUUCAAGCAGUUUUACAGAACAAAAGAUUAUUCAGAGCGUUUAGCCUCAGCAUCAGUGUCUUCUUUUUAUAACCAAAGUGCCAUCGAACAGGUGGCUGCAAAGCCAUCUGUGAGACUUACACCAACCACUUUGCUGUAUGCUGGAAAGAGUCCAGAUAAUAGUCAUUUACUGCGGAGUGCUCAGUAUCUACACAAUGAACUGCCUGUACGGAUUGCUCACAGAAUCCGUGGUUUUCGAGGACUUCCUUUCAUUGUUGGCUGUAAUCCUACCAUACUUAAAGUUCAUGAGAUGUACAUCAGAGCAUUUUACAUACUACAUGAACACCCACCAAUUGUUGACUUUAAAUCAGAACAUGCCUAUACAAACACACUGAAGACUUUACUUGAUGAUCACAGCAAUGUCGUUACCAUGCUUGCGGAAGGAUUCUCAGAAUGCAGAAGGCACAUUCAGGAUGAAGAAAUGAUAAGGUUGUUUUUGGACAGGAUGUUAAAAUCUCGACUAGGAAUUCGAUUGUUAGUAGAGCAUCAUGUUGCUCUACAUGAUGAAAGACCAAACCAUGUUGGUAUUGUUGAUGUAAACUUUUCCCCGAGGAUGCUUGUUGAACAAUGUGCUGAAAGUAUCAGGAACCUAUGCUUGUCUAAAUAUGGGCACUCUCCUCAGAUUCGUUUAAAUGGACAUCUUCAUGCCAAAUUUCCUUAUAUACCACAACCUCUUGAGUACAUAUUGACGGAAGUUUUGAAAAAUGCCUAUAGAGCCUCUGUUGAGAGUCAUGCCAGUAAUAGGAGUAAUAUACCUGAUAUUGUUGUCACAAUAGCCAACAACAAUCUGGACUUCAUUAUAAGAGUGUCUGACAGAGGGGGAGGAAUCCCUCACAACAUUGUAGAGAGAGUGCACAACUACAACUUCACAACCUCAGGCAACAAUAACAACAACAUUGACCCUGAACCACAGGUCGGUUUGUUUGAUGAAAUUUCCAACCCUUCUAACAGGGAUGGGGAGGUACCAGGCAGAAUGCAUGGGUAUGGAUUUGGACUUCCUUCCUCCAGAACGUAUGCGGAGUAUUUAGGUGGAAGCCUAAGCAUGCAGACCAUGCAAGGAAUCGGGACAGAUGUCUACCUUAGAUUGCUUCACAUUGAUGGAACAUUGGAGAGUUUUCGUAUUUAAUGUCAAGCUAGACACUGAAGUAUAAUAUUGCUUUGUAGUGACUAGGUGCUUUUUACAAAUGUAUGAAAUGAUCAAAUUUUAAGAGAAUCUCAUGACUUUUUCUUCUUUCUUUUUUUUAAACUCAUUGUAUGUGAUAAAGAUUUUUCUGCCAUUGAAUCUCAUUUUGUGAUAAAUUCAUGAAAUAUUUUUUCAACAUGAACUUCAUAUAUAUAUGUGUGUGUGUGCUAACAUUUACAGAAUACCCCGGUAUAUGAAUUAUUGAAAAAGAUAAUUAAGGCAUAAAGUUAUUUAUAUCAGUUGGUUCGAAGUGUUCUAGUCAGUAUUUUUGAAUCACAUUUCUUGUGCAGUUAACUAUCAUCAGUUCUGAAUUUAUGUGGUGUCCUAAAUUCAUAAAAAAAAAAGCAAAACAAAGUUUGGAAAAACUAGGUUUAUGGGAGAUCCUAUAUUAAACCAUGUUUUGCUUUUUUUUUAUUUUUCUUUUUAAAUUUGAAUUUGGCAUGUCAUAUAUGAUGCUUUAUUUUUCAUUCAUUUCCUUGAAAUAAUCUGAAGGUGCAAGGAAAAAAUAUAUAUAUAUACAUGUACUCUAGUUGUCUUAGGAUUUUAUUUACUUGCCUUGUUACUUGUUUGUCUUCAGGAAUGGCAGAGCAUUGCAAAGUUAUGGUGGUUAGUUUGUAACUACAUGAUAAACAUGUAUAUUUCUGUACAUUAAAUUGACUUGACAUGCUUGAAGAGCAUAGUUAUGAAUUGAUGUUAUUGCAAUGUAUUCAAUGCAAUAAAAUUCUUGCAAAUUGGAAUAGAA